CCCCCACCCCGAUCAUGGCCACCACUUCCAUCCAACCGGACAAGAUGGAGGAAGAGAGUCCGGACCAGGACAUCCAAUACGUGGAUACCAACGUGGACAACGACCCCAGUGACGGUCUGUCAGCAUGCCCAGGCGUCUGCGUGGCCCCCGGCAUCUCCGAUUACUGCGACGCCGUCCUCGCCCGCCCCGGCCUCUGCAAGGGCGCCCUCAAAUGCUGCGUGACCAGGGAGGUCUUCCAAGGCCAGGACCCCCCCGAGGACCUGAUCCUCAACGACCCCCCCUCCACCACCCCCCCGGUGGACGAGGAAACGGUGGAGUCCGGAGACGGGCAGGAGCAGCCCUCCCCCCGUCCCCCACCGCGGAGGCCACCAUUCAGGCCCAUACCGGAACAUCUGCGAUGCAAGGGCACCUGUGUCGGCGCCUUCUUCACAUUCCUAUGCGACGAGAUAGACCGGAACGCCAUCUGCCCCCAAGGCGGCCACUGCUGCAUCACUCGCCCCCAGGGAGCCACCACCCGCCGACCCCCCUCGGGCGCCCAGCCGACCACGCAGCCGCCCACGGUCGCGGCCGACGAGAAGGAGGAUCAGGAGAAGGUACCGUGCAGGGGUCGCUGCGUGUCCAGCAUCAUGUCUGCCUUCUGUACCGCCCCGUCCCGGGUGGUCCCGGUCAGCACCUGUCAGGAAGGAACGGUGUGUUGCGAGGCGCCUACACGACCGCCUCCGCCCAAGCGACCGAACGUCAGGCCUCCCCAGCGUCCCCAGAGCUCAGCAGGCCCUCUCGGAACCCUGUUGGGUCUCCUAGCACCCAGCGUCCAACAGAGGCCCCCACCACCCCCACCCCCACUCACGACGACCUCGACCACGACCACCACGACCACGACGACCGAGGCCCCCGACCCGAGAGCCGAGUGCCCAGGCACCUGCAUCACGUCGUUCCUCUCCUUCACUUGCUUCGGAAACGCCGAGAUGACAGACCUAUUCAAGUGCCCCAAGAAGACGGUAGUCUGCUGCGCCCCCAAGUCGGCCAUCCUCGAGCUGAAGAACGCAGGACGCAUCCCCGCCGCCGGGAUGCCUCCCCCGCCUCCCCCGCCCCCUCCUCCGAUGCACCACGCCCGUCCUCAUCCUCACCCGAUCCAUCACCGGAACGACACCUUCUUCUCUCCUCCGCCUUACCGGCCUCAACAGGGUUUCUUCCGACCCGGUGAGCCCUUCGAUCGUCUUCAUUCAUGCAUAUAA